CCGCCCCAGACACCUCGGUAGGGUCAGGAUCGUCCCGGCUUCGCCGGCGCCUGGUCGCUCGCCGCCAUCCGCUUCGGGCGCGAGGAGGAACGGGACCGGCUGCUGCCUGCCCCGCCGGGAGGAGGCUCCGCGGCCAGCAGGCGCAAGCCGCCCCAUGCCAGGAGGAUGCUGGAGAGUGGCUGCAAGGCGCUGAAGGAGGGCGUGCUGGAGAAGCGGAGCGACGGGCUGCUGCAGCUGUGGAAGAAGAAGCGCUGCAUCCUGACCGAGGAAGGGCUGCUCCUCGUGCCCCCCAAGCAGCCGCAGCCGGGUCCCCCGGCCGCCGAGCCGCCGGCCGCCAAGAUCAAGGAGCUGCACUUCUCCCACAUGAAGACGGUGGACUGCGUGGAGCGGAAGGGCAAGUACGUGUAUUUCACCGUGGUCAUGGCCGAGGGGAAGGAGAUCGAUUUUCGGGGCCCGCAGGAGCAGGGCUGGAACGCCGAGAUCACGCUGCAGCUGGUGCAGUACAAGAACCGCCAGGCCAUCCUGGCCGUCAAGUCCACCCGCCAGAAGCAGCAGCACCUGGUCCAGCAGCACCCGGGCCAGCGCCUCCGCAGCGCCUCCAACUCCGCGUAGGGCGCCCGAGGGACCGGCCGCGGCACAGCCCAGGUUGAAUCGAAGCGGCACUUCAGGAAGUGAGACUGAGCAGCAUCUUUCUGUUGUGAACAUAUUUCAGUGGCUCGACAAACUUGGCAAACCGAGGAGAGCCACGGAGCAGGGAGACUGGAGAGCAUCAGUUCAACAACCUGAAAACCCAGCGAGUUUUCUGCACAAUCCCUUCCUUGGUGCGGGGAAAACAUUUCAAGUCAUAUGGACUCUGAGUACUAUUUAUGAACCUUGGAAAGGAUCAUCUGGCAUGAUGGGGCGUCUAGGACACAUGAUGUACUGUACAUUUAUUUUAAAGUAUUUUAUUUUAUGGUUAUUUAUUAGGGAUUUUGUAAAAGGCUAGUUUGCAAGACCUUUCUGAAUGUAGGCCAUUAUCCAGAAAUCAAAUUCCAAAUACAAAUUCAAAGCACACCUUA